ACUUGCAACCCCCCACCCCCAGCGGCCACCGCUUCCCCCCUCACUCCCCUCCCCGGCGACGGCGACGGCGACGAGCACCGCAUCCGUCCUCCUCCCAGGCCAUCCGCUCGCCGGCGAUCAUCCAGCUUCCCUUAGGCUUGUGGGGCUCGAAUGAAGGUGGAAGAUUGUUGCCACUGAUCUCCGGUGUAUACUUUGUAGCUCACAUAUGGAGACGGUCAAUGCAGUUGAUGGAUACAAGUUUGCUGACGAGUCUACGAGCGAUGUCCGUGUUUGCUUUAGACGGACCGGUAGCAACGAGCAGCAGCCAGAACGGUUUCCCUGCCACUCGUCCAUCCUCUCCGACAGGAGCAAGUAUUUCGCGGACUUGCUUGGUCGACGCGAUGUUCCUUUUGGUAAUAAUAACUGCAUUGAAGUCGAGUGCCCGAGGGCUGAGUAUGACCAUUAUGUCAAGUUGUUGAAGUUUAUGUAUCUUUCAAGAGAAUCGAUCGAGGAAGAGUUCACCUCUGUUAAGUCAGCUCUUGGCGUUCUUCGAGCAGCGACCUCUCUCAAAUCCGAGUUCAUUGCUGAAACCUGUAUCGGAUACCUUGAAUCUGCCUCCUGGGACGAAAAAGAGGAGGAGGAGAUUUUACAAUUUGCUCAGACCCUGGGUCCAGAAGCUGCUGCACCUUUGUUAGCCCGUUUGCAAGCUCCCAGUGCGAACGCUGUGAAGACUGUUUUCAUCUCCGCUGUACAUUUUGCUACGUCCAUGGAAAUUUCAUCCGCUCCCGUCUUUGAUGACCUCAAGACUGCUGCUCAAGAGCAGAUUGACUUCAUGCUCCAUGAUGGUGAUGAUCCUGCAAUUGUUAUGAUGGAUGAAGAUGUAAGGUCUGUCUUCAGGGAAGGUUUGACAAAGCUUUUGUCAACGCUUAGGACUGGACUAGAUCUCUUGGCCUCAGAGUUUGAUCAAUUGCCUGAACAAGCAGAGCAAAGGAUCCUACAUAGCUUAGUUGACAUUGACUGGAUAACCACUGUCUUGACAAAGAUUGAGUUGAUGAAUGAGUUUGUUUCUGGCUGGUUAGAAAUCUCAGACCAUGUCAUCUCAGUGGUUCAGGACGACAAGUAUAGCUCGGGUCUGUGGGCUGUGAAGAGGAAGCUUAUAGAAGUGACUGGAAAGGCCUUGGAUGCUGUUGGCUAUGGCUCUGUGGUUCUCCCAUCAACAUCCAGAACGCAUCUUGUGAAGACAUGGCUCCCGUACAUCCGAACGACAAAGCGCUUGCUUGAUGGUAAGACAAAAGACGAUGCAUUUCCUCAGAUGGAUGCGAACUUGUGCCAGAACAUUGAGAGUGCAAUCGUUUCGAUGGUUUUAGCAUUGCCUUCGGGUGACCAGUCGGAUAUCCUGUCGGACUGGAUGCAGAAAGCAGACCAGUUCAGAUAUCCUGACCUCACUGAGGCAUUUGAGAUGUGGUGUUACCGCAGCAAAACAGCAAUCAGACGGCUGAAUGGGGCGAUAGAUAAGGCCGGCAACCCUAUCAGCUUGUAAGGCUACCAUUGAUUUAAUUGUAGACUGUAAGAGUGAUAUUAGCCGGUUAUACCAACCAAGUUCUCAUUGUUGGAUGUUGUUGUUGUUGUGGAUGUUGUAAAACAAUCACCCAUGUUCAAUACAGUUCAGUUCUUCUGCA